CUGGGCCGACCAGCGCCUGAUUUGUCUCACUCCUCAAUCCGUAUGGCAUUUACUUGGCCGGAGAAAUGUCUUGCCGGACCAGUACUGGUUUGAAUCGAGUCUUAUGAGGAAGAGAGAUGUUGAUCUGCCGCCGGGACUGCACUCACCGUACUGCAAUUCAUGUUCUUGAGGGAAGGAAUGGAAGGGGAAGAGGAAGGGGGGAAGUGUGGAUUGUCAUCAGCACAUGCCACAGCACACACAGGCCACGGAGGGGGACCAAGACAAGGUUACAGAUCAACUUAAUGGCGUCAUUAUUCUUCGCCAGGUCUUCACACGCCAAGUUGCUCGAGGGAGAUGAUCAGGAAAAAAGGCAGGUUUUUGGUGAUUUAUGUGGCUUGGAUUCUGGAAUGGUCGCGUCUUAGGAAGGAAAAAAAGAAGAGAUCAGAGUGAAAUGGUGGAAAAGAUGGUGUUUUGAGAGAUUUAAGAGGAGGUUUAGGUCUACCAACAGGUUGUCAGGAGAUAGAACGCCUUAACGAUUGUCAUCACCGACUCCCAAGAAGGAUACAGAGAAGAAGUGGAAGGGAAGAGAGAGAAAGAAUUGUCAUCUAUCAUGGCUGCCUUUUAGAAGGCCGUGACUGCAGAGACAGAAGUACAAUCACGUGAACGAUGGAAUUUUGGGAGUCGGAUGAUGGGAAUUUGAUAUGAGAGCGAGAGAGAGAGAGAGAGAGAGAGAGAGGGAGGGAGGAGAAAGGGUUUAAAAACUGGAUGUCGAUCUCGAUAGUAGCAAUGGAAGGAGGUGAGAGAGUAUUAAAUACGCAUAUAAAACAGGGAGGAAGGCAAAGAGGGGAACUUUGUGCAUUUUGAAUUGAGACCUUGGGAUCGAUUUGUUCCCGAAUCGGCUGCUUUCCUGCUCCCCACGAGGCGCAGGCGGUAGCAGCAGCAGCAGCUGCCCUCCCCCCAACUCUUAUCCCUCAGAAUUAUUCAUUUCCUCAUAAGGGACUUGAGCUUUCUGUGUCUGAGUUCAUCCAUAUUCCUGGAAAUAAGUCAGUUAUUAUAUUAUAGCCAAAAUAUCGCAAUGAUCCAUCAUCCUGCCAUGUCUGCAGAUCUUGCCAUGUUUAAAACCAAGCAAGAGAAAAUUGUCUACAUUCUUUUUUAUGUCUAACAACCAAAGUGAAACCUCUCUAAAUCUUUCUCCGAGGAAUCCAGCGCAUGCUUUACAUUCUGAAUCACCAGUUCCUGGAAACAUGAUGUACCUUAGCUUUUCAAAUUCUGGCUCGUAUGCUGAUGCAUUAGCUGGUAGCACUCAAACUCAGCAGAAUCGCAAUGAGCUUCCUGUCACCACUACCAUCAUUUCACAAGGCAUGGCUGUUGGGAAUUCCAAUGAGGUAACUUCACUUCAUGGAGACCAUGCUCAUAAUACUUGGAAAGAUGGAAGAAAUGAGAUGUUAUUUAUGCAUUCGGUGGAAGGUUCCAUAAAUGGUGCAGAUGUUCUAAUUCAGCCUGAUGAUCAUCAGGUGAGUCUGCAGACACAGCUGGGCAUCAUAAAUGGGCAAAGCUUGUCUUUGCAGCAUUCAAAUGUUUCAACCAUGCAAAAUCAAGUGUUAUCACUUAGCCUUAGCACACAAAUGCCAGUUCCUUCAAUUCAGUACCAUCCUACAAGCUUAGAUAUCUCUUUCAUUGAUUCACAUCAGUUAACAUCUGGAACUGUUGGGCCACUAAGGGAAGAAAGCUUUCAAAACAAAAGCAUGCAUGGCAACGUCUCCCCUAAUGAACUUUCAAGUCUUACAAGCUUGAUUCCAAAUUCUAAAUAUCUCAGGCCAGCACAAGAAUUACUUGAUGAAGUUGUCAAUGUCCGGAAGGCUUUGAGGCCAAAAACAGAUAGAAGCCAAAGUCUCUAUGCUUCUGCUGGUGCCAUGACAAAUAACGAUGCUAACACGGGAUCAAAAAGUGAAGUGAUGGCUUCAAACCCUCAAGAGGCUGCUGCUAAUUGUUCAAGUGAGCUCUCAGCUUCUGAAAAGGAGGAUCUUCAAAACAAGGUCUCAAAUCUUCUGCAAAUGUUGGAUGAGGUUGAUAGAAGGUAUGCACAGUAUUACCAUCAGAUGCAGAUAAUAGUGUCAUGGUUUGAUGCAAUAGCUGGUUGUGGGGCUGCUAAACCAUACACUGUACUUGCUCUUCAAACCAUUUCACGGCAUUUCCGCUGCGUGAGAGAUGCCAUCAGUGGCCAAAUUCAAGCUACCAGGAAAAGUCUUGGUGAACCGGAGGAUUUAAGUGGUAGCAGUAGUGGGUUAUCUCGCCUUAGAUACAUAGAUCAGCAGUUACGGCAACAGAGAACCUUGCAUCAAUAUGGUCUGAUGCAACAGAAUUCUUGGAGGCCACAGAGGGGUUUGCCCGAGUCAUCUGUCUCUAUUCUCCGCGCGUGGCUGUUUGAGCACUUCCUUCAUCCUUACCCAAAGGAUUCUGAGAAGCUGGUACUUGCAAGACAGACAGGCUUGACGAGAAGUCAGGUUUCAAACUGGUUCAUAAAUGCACGAGUUCGUCUUUGGAAGCCUAUGAUCGAAAACAUGUACAAAGAAGAGUUUGGAGAUACCGAGAUUGACUCAAACUCUUCCUUAUCAAAUCCACCCAAACUGAAUGAAGACAUCCAACCCUCUGAGGACCAUGAAGACUAGCAGAACCCCUCAACUGGAAGAUGCGAAACGAUCCUGAUAAGUGACUCCUGAAGACCCAAAACCAUCCCAACCAUGAAUGUGGCCACAUCAGCUGCUGCUUUCCGAGAUGGAACAACUACACAAGAUUCCAGCUUUUACACGAUGCUCUAGCUGGCACAGACGGGUUUUUGGUGUAUCAGAUGGCUGAGUUAGGUCAAAACAGUGAGGGGUCUCUCACACUCGGGCUGCAGCACUGUGAUGUUGGCUUUCCUGUAUCAGACAAUCAACAGAGCCUUCUCGCGGUGCAAGCUGCAAAAGAUGCAACCGAAUAUGAGCACCAAUUUGGAUUUAACAGGUGUUGCAUGAUUUUGUUGCUUGAAUUCAUCUGCUUCAGCUAUUGUUGCCAUCAGACUUCUCUGAACCAGAAUAAUUUGUUGCAAGAUGCUUUCUAGGCAUUGCUUGCAAUCUUACAAGAGAAAGCAUGGUAAUGCACAGGAGGUGUUGGAAUUAUGGAGUAGCAUGUUGUAAACAUAGAAUCAUUUUAGAAUAACCUACAGCAAAAAAAAAAACAAUUGAUUUAGGUCAAUGUGAUGUAUACUGAUUGAAUGGCUUCAAAGGCCUUACAUCUGAUCACUAUGAUUGUAAGAAA